AUGGCGUCGCCGGCGCGGCGCCUCCUGCAGACCAACUCCGCCGAGUACCCGACGCUCCCCGCGGCCGAGCCGCCGAGCCCGCUGGCCGUGGACUCCGACGUGGUCGUCAUCCUCGCGGCGCUCCUCUGCGCGCUCAUCUGCGUCGUGGGGCUGGCCUCCGCCGUCGCGCGGUGCGCGCGCUCCCGCGCCGCCGCGCCGUCCGCCGCCCAGGCCGCCGCCAGGAGGGGCCUCAAGAAGAAGGCGCUCAGGGCGCUGCCGAGCCUCGCCUACGAGGACGCCGUGGCGGCCGCCGCGGCCGGGGCCGGGGAGGCGAAGGUCCUGGCGGAGUGCGCCAUCUGCCUGUCGGAGUUCGCGCCCAGGGAGGAGGUGCGCGUGCUGCCGCAGUGCGGCCACGCCUUCCACGUCGCGUGCAUCGACACCUGGCUCGCCGCCCACUCCUCCUGCCCCUCGUGCCGACGAGUCCUCGUCGUCGCCGACGCUGCCAAUAAGCGGCCGCCCCAGCCCAAGGGCUGCCGCAAGUGCGACGCGGCCAUGGACGAGGAGGCCUCCUCGUCGUCCGGUUCCGGCGGCGACAUGGCUGCCGGUUCCUGA